UCCAAAAUUUCAGGUGUUUCGUGUUUUUUGUUAGCUUUUAAUUGAAAUCUAACGCUACAGAGGUGUAUGUAAGACAUGACAAAUAUUUGCCAUAUCACUUUUUGAGCGAAAAUCGCAAAAGAAACAGAGAGUACUUUACAAGGGCAAAAGGGGUGGGUGGCUCUAAUAAAAUUAAACAAAGGCAGCCCCCCAACGAGCAGCAAACAACACACAAACACAUACAUCAAUGUAAUUUGCUAAAACGCAUAUAUGAUAUAAGUGCAAAAACCCCAGCGACAAGGAAUACAUUUAAAAGCAAAUAAAACAUUCCAUAACACAGUGGCAGUACAAUAUCUGCGCGAGUUCUGAAAUCUUCACCCCAGCAAAGUGUCUGCCUACGAAAGCAUGGAUUUGCAGCAUAUGGAGAACGGUCUGAGUGGUAGUGGUGGGGGCGGGGGUGGUGGUGUUGGCGUUGGAGGUCUUAGUGAGAUAGACUUUCAACGUUUGGCACAGAUAAUAGCAACAAGCAUAGAGAAGGUGCAGAAAAAUGUGUCUACUAUGCAACGCAUGGUCAAUCAACUUAACACGCCACAGGACUCUCCCGAUUUGAAGAAACAACUACACCAACUUAUGACCUAUACCAAUCAAUUGGUCAACGAUACCAACAAUCAGCUGAAGGAAGUGGACAAGUGCAAGGAGCGUCAUUUGAAAAUUCAACGAGAUCGCCUGGUCGAUGAGUUCACAGCGGCAUUAACUGCUUUUCAGGCCGUCCAACGCAAGACAGCGGACAUUGAAAAAAAUGCGCUACGCCAGGCGCGUGCCAACAGCUAUAAUAUUUCACAUCCGCCAGGCUCGACGCGCAACAGCGCCAAUGCAAACAGCAACAAUGAUAAUGGUUCCUUCUUUGAGGACAAUUUUUUCAAUCGCAAAUCAAAUCAACAGCAGCAGCAGCAACUGCAGACUCAAUUGCAGGAGCAAAGCGAUCUACAAGCGCUCGAGGAGCAGGAGCGAGCCAUACGCGAGUUGGAGAGCAACAUAGUGGGUGUAAAUGAGAUUUACAAGAAACUGGGGGCUAUGGUUUACGAACAAGGCCUUACUGUAGACUCGAUUGAAUCGCAGGUGGAGCAAACGAGCGUAUUCGUGUCACAGGGCACGGAGAAUCUGCGCAAGGCCAGUUCAUACAGGAACAAAGUGCGCAAGAAGAAGCUGAUUGUAUUGGGCAUUGCGGGAAUUGUGCUGUUGGUAAUAAUAUUACUACUGGUGUUGAAAUUUAACUAGGCAGGCCAACAGUUGAUAUGGCAAUAUGUUUAUCAUUAAUAUUAAAAUUGCAAAUUUAAACCAAAAUAGAGGAAAAAUGUGAAAAGACAGGUGUAGAAGUGCAGACCACAAGGACGCCAAAGUAAGCAGUUCUCGUUAAAAUUAGACGCAUUUGUGGCUUUAAAAACAAACUACAUACAUACUUACAUACAUUCAAACUUCCAAAUUGGCUAACCCGAGCAAAACAAAAACAAGAAAACUAAAACUUAACUUUGUGUGAACAAUGAUAAAAAUGGCUUUCUCCGUUUGUUGCAUGUAUCGAAAAGUAUUUACCCUUCAAUUUAUGUGGCGGUUACAUAUAAAUACACUAGUACAUACAUACACUCAUAUAUAUGUUAUAUUCUAUAUCUAUACACAGUAUAUUUUUUAAUUAUUUAAACACAUACUUAUAUUUUGUAUUUAUAAGCAAAUUAAUUAAAGCACUUUGUACAUUAUGUAACCGAGGGGCGAAAAGUUGUUAAGCGCGUUUGUGAAUUAUUCGAUAAUCGAAGAAAACUACGAAACUCAA